CAUUACAUCCAUUCUUCCUUUGCCUCGAAGCAAUAGUCCAAACCGGCGAAUUAACGAUCGAAUUUAAAUACCCAAAGUCCUAUUUGGGGUUUUCUCUACAUUUCACAAAAUCGAAAAACCCCUUUCUGGUUUCCAGCAAUGGGCAACACGGAGAAACUUUUGAAUCAGAUCAUGGACCUCAAGUUCACCUCGAAAUCUCUGCAAAGGCAGGCCCGGAAGUGCGAGAAGGAAGAGAAGUCGGAGAAAUUAAAGGUGAAGAAGGCAAUCGAAAAGGGAAACAUGGAUGGGGCUCGGAUCUAUGCCGAAAACGCUAUCCGGAAGAGGACCGAGCAGAUGAACUACCUCAGGCUUGCGUCUAGGCUCGAUGCUGUCGUUGCUAGGCUCGAUACGCAGGCCAAGAUGACCACCAUUAACAAGUCCAUGGCCUCCAUCGUUAAAUCGCUCGAGUCUUCUCUAGCCACUGGUAAUUUGCAGAAGAUGUCAGCGACUAUGGAUCAAUUUGAGAAACAGUUUGUAAACAUGGAGGUCCAGGCAGAAUUCAUGGAGAAUGCAAUGGCUGGAUCCACCUCACUAUCCACACCUGAGGGUGAGGUCAACAGCUUGAUGCAGCAAGUAGCUGAUAACUAUGGAUUGGAGGUCUCUGUUGGGCUCCCACAGCCUGCUGCACAUGCGGUGUCAACUAAAUCAGAGGAGAAGGUUGAUGAGGGUGAUUUGUCAAGGCGUCUUGCAGAGCUAAAGGCCAAGGGUUGAAUUUUGUAUUAGGAUCUGGUUUUCUGCCAAUGUGAUACACUUUAUAUACUUAACUACAUGGUGAUCUGGAUUAUGUUUGACGUCAGAAAUUUAUUGUGUAAAUUUGGUUAUAUUUAUAUCAAAUUUAUGUUCUAGAA